AUGCCAACCUUUUCUUGGGGAACGCAAAUGAGUAGCAUUGACUACAUAUUUGCCACGCCUGAUAUAGCAGCAUUGAAACAUAAAUCUGCCAUUGAUUACAUUAAUCCUGCUUGGUCAGACCACUUCCUUGUAUCCACUAACCUCUCCCUUAGAACAUCUCUGAAACGCCAAUUGUCUAUUAUUCAACAGGAAACUGUCAAAAUACUGGCCAUGCGAGCCCAGAAACACUGGAGAGAAAAUGGUGAACGUUCAGCCAGGUACCUGAAAAGAACGAUCUUGGCAAACGCCAUUAGAAAAGAUAUACCUUUUUUGCGUCACCCCACCUCAGAAGCCUUGUGCACAACACCCAGUACCAUGACAAAUGUGGCCAUGCACUUCUAUGAGAAGUUAUAUACUGUUGAUCCAAUUGAAAACUCAUCAGUUGAAGAUCUACUCAACCACGUCCCUCCUAAGAAAUUCUUGAGUGAAGCCACUCGAUCCUCCAUGACACCUCUGCUAACAUUUGACAAUAUCUGUCCCGCAGUUAACUGCUCCCCCAAUCAUAGCAGCCCUGGCCCGGAUGGUCUGCCCUACAAGAUUCUCUCUCUCUUGUUUUGUGAAGACAGAUAUUCCACAUUGUUGACAAACAUUUACAAUGACGCUCUCAACAAAGGAGUCUUUCCAUCUUCUUGGAGCUUCACCUGCUUGUCACUCCUCCCAAAGAAAGGGGAUCUCUCCAGUCUCAAAAACUGGCGCCUAUUGCACUGA